AUGAAAUUUAGCAUACACUUCUUUCUAUUUUGCAUUUACUUUAACUUUGUCAAGUGUGACAGUGCUGAAUUCAGUUUAUCUUUAGUGAGAACUGGUGCAUCUUAUAACGGUGACCAAAUAUAUGUUUCUGAUGACACACUAGUAAUCAAUUUUGAAGAUAACUCUUCAGGAACUGAGUUUAAAGGUGUAGUUACUGAUCUCGGUUAUAUCAAAUUAGCUGACGGUUCUUAUAUAUAUAUUGAUGAAAAUAAGAAUUUAAGAACUACAACUGACAGUAAUGAAGCUACCACUAAUUUUUCUGUAAGAAGUGGUUAUUUAGCAUAUAAUAAUGAUGCCUCAUUCUAUGUUUUGCCAGUAGAUGAUUCCUAUGUAUUUAAAGUCGGUUACACUACUGAUUCCUCAUUCGAUAGUGUACUAGCUAAGUGUAGUGAUUCUAAUGGGAACACGAUAUCUAGUUUUGAACCAAAUCCCGCCUCCGUUCAAGUUAUUAUCUCUACUGCCACAAACAGUGCUGUUGCACCAAAUGUCUACGUCACCGUAUCCGGUUCCACUACCUCUGUCACUUCAGCUAUAAUGAGUUCGAUAAAUUCCAUGACGUCUGUUUCCGGUUCUAGUUCUAAGUCAGCUGAAUUCAGUAUGAUGACCAUCAGAUCUGGUUCCCAAUUCCAAUAUAACGGUGUUUAUAUUAACAGUACCGAUAACACGUUACGUGUUAGUGCAUCUUCCGCAGCAGCUGGUAGAGAACUAACUCAAUUCUCUGGUCAUAUUACAGGCGAAGGGUACAUCAGAUGUUUCAACGGUGGUUAUAUGAGUGUAGGCAAUGAUAAAACACUAAAAUGUACGGAUGAGACAAAUUCAGUGAUCGUUGGAUUUUCUGUCAGUGGAGGUCACUUACAAUACAACUCGGAAGAUAGUUUCUUCGCUAAUACCACUGGCACUGCUAACUAUUUGAAACUUGGAUAUGCAGAUGGUUCCGAGAAUUUAGGUCUUGUGAUCAGGGCUGUUGACACGUCUGGCGUUGUCAUUGCUGAUUUUUCAGGCAGUGAUUCAAGUAAAGGCACUAGUAGACAAAUGAGCAGCACUGAAGCUGUAAGCACUCACACUAACCCUAAGUCCAGUGCCAGUGUGUCCUCUGCGGGAAUCAAAACCCCAUCUGUAACCUCCAGUUUCGCACUCCCAACUGCCAUCUUAAUCGAUACGUCAUUCCUGGCCAAUGAACCCUUUACCAAUGGUUCUUUCGGCAGCAAAUCGCCAUCACUCUCUCCUAGCAUGAAACCUAGUACAUCAGUGACGAGCACUACAUCAGUGGGAAGGAGUACAUUAGUGACAUCAAGCACACGCCAGUCUUCUUCUCCAACACCGGUUUCUAGCAGAACUGCAUCCAACGACGCCAUACCUAGUGUCGCUUCUCUAAGAAUAAUGGCCCAGAUAAUCCCAUUUGCAGUUGCUAAUCUCCUAUUCCUGUGA